UCGAUCUCUCGUUCUAACUUCUUCAGUCUCUUUUUAUGAUUCUCGAAAUUUACCUUUCAAAGCUAAACUACAUGCCUAUAUCUUACACAGUACAUUGAUAUUCGAUGUGCUCUUUAAACCAACGUAUAUCAGAUAGCGUACUUCCGGUGUUUUUCAUAAUUUUAUAUAUACAUUAAUGUGUAAUUACAAAAUAUGUUUUUUUUAGAUACAACUCUAUUUAAUGUACGUAACAGUUACUAGAUGAUAUACAAAUUACUAAGCAUAACAAACAUUACAUACUAAUAACGCAAUACUUACAGUCAAAGUAACCACUUAUUAAUACAACCUGCUAUGAUAUUUACUAUAUACAACCUAAUCCCUGCAGCUGACAGAACCGUAUACAAGUUUCAUAUACAAUGCUUUAUUAUAGCGUACGUCUGCCAGUCCUAUACAAACGUUAUCUCAGCAGAGCUCAUCACUUAACUGUUCCUGCUACUCCUGUAGGAAGGUUUUCUGUUGUAGAAUAUUAGAACACAGUUGUGGUACGAGUUAUCCCAAGUGCUCUAGAAGCAAUGCUGCCUCAGUCGGCCGUUAAUGUUGUGAUAUAGCCUAAACUCUGACGUUGUCUGAUGGUUCCUCCUGUACCGUGUUGUAUUCUGUAAACGUUCUUUGUACUGUUGAUCUCCGAGAAGACAGUUGUGAUGCCGUUUGUCUUAGGAUUAGCGUGGUGGACCUUCCUCAGCCACCAGAGCCUGGCCGGGAAGCUGGUGGUGCGUUGUCCUGUGUUUGUGUAGCGGUUACGUGUCCGCUGGUCUCCCACGAUUCACUCUGCGACGACGUAGUCGGCGAAGGGUGUGGUGUCUUUGGUAUGUUGGUUGGCAGCUGAUUAAUUAGGAACAGACGGACACCUAAUGCCAUGGCUAGCCAGCAGAACGUAUUUGCCGCUGCAGGAGAAGGAAAUCUCCCGGAAGUCAAACGUUUGGUUGAAGCUGGCUCGUCGUUGGAACAAGGAGACAAGGAUGGUCUAACGCCUUUAAUGAUAGCAAUAAAGAAUGGACACAGAGAGGUGUCAGAAUUUCUCGUCGGCGAGAUGUCUAGUCAGUCUCUUUCUGUUGUGACGACUUCAGACAAGUGGAAUGCUCUUCAUUGGAUGGCUGCCUUCGGACGGCCAUGGCUUGAUAUAUGGAAGACUAUUCAGCGGAAAUGCCCAGAUUUAUGGGAUCAAACGGACGGAAAUCAGAAACGACCAAUAGACAAGUCUAGAGAGCAUCGAGAUAGGAGUCAACGACACAGACAACUGUAUCAGGAAUUAGAGGGGGCUUUACAGGACGAAUACAUCAAAGGAAUUUCAAAGAAAGUCGAAAAGAAAUGUAACCUAACUAUUACAUUUACUGGACAUGAGGGAGUAGGAAAAACGUGUCUUGUUGAACAACUGAGAAAUAAUGUUAUCCCACCGGAAGGUCCUGCAUCAACGAACACAGCUAACAUCCAUGUCAAGUAUAUGCUGUUUGACCCGGAAACAUUUGAAAAAGAGACGAUUGAGGAGGGCUCGGAGCUAGAAGUUGGAAACCAACGUAUAAAACGGGUGUUGACAAGUCCUGGUGAAGUAAGCGAAAACAGAAACGAAACAGAUAGUGGGACGAGAAUCGCAGACAGAUCAACCACGGGUGUGCCAUUGCCCUCUACGCAUCACAACAUGCAGCUGUUGGAGAUGUCCUUAACGCCGGAACAGGAGAAUGAAGUAGACGAGUAUGAGCAAUUUAUGAAGUGGUUGAAUGACUGCAAUUCAAAGGGAGUUGAUCAGUGGGAAGAGAGCAUGAAUACGGAGCAUCCAUCGAGGGAACAACAAAGGCUCGUGCAAAAGUUUCUGACAAUAUUUUCUCGACGACUCGACAGAAGAAACUACUGCACGUGUUGUUCUAGCGAAUGUUGUGGGAACUUGUGGUACAGAUGUCAACAGUGUGUUAAUACAAACAUAUGUAAAACAUGUUAUGGAAGGAGCAUUCAACCCGAGAAGGAGCAUGACUCUAGUCACACAAUGAUCUUCACUGGACAUACUGGUCAUAAGUACAAAUGCAGAGGUUGUGAAUGUUCGUGUUUGGACACACUUUUCAAAUGCAAAACAUGUAAGGACGUGUAUGUUUGUCUAGGAUGUUACACCAAAGACCGAUUCAAUCACCCACCGACACAUGAGCUGGAAAAAAUAGUUCGAGUAAAAUAUGCUGCUCGAAUCACGUCUGAUGACCAACACGAGGCUACAAAGGCUGUCUUGGAAACAGUGGUGCAAACCGAUACUAAAACAAAAGGACUGGUGACGAUUUAUGACUUUGGAGGAGAAAAAAUAUUCUACAACACCCAUCAUUGUAUCCUCACGAACGACAUGAUCUUCAUUUUAGUCUUUGAUGUGUCCAUAUGUCUUGAUCAGAAUGAAGAGAGAAAAGAAGCCGGAUAUGACAGAAUAGAGUUCUGGCUAAGGUCCAUAGCUACCAGUGCUAUUGAUGAAGCUUUAAAGAAGAGAGGCACGCCACCAAUAAUUCUGAUAGGCUCUCAUAUGGAUCUAGUUCCUGGCAGCGAAGAUGAGAAAGAAGACAUAUUCAGAGGUAUCCUGACUCGAUUGUCUUCCAAUCCAGAAAUCAAGACUGUCAUACAGAAACAUGUCAAAGACAUGUUUUAUGUUUCAAAUCUCAACGAUUCUUCCAAAAACCGAGAAUUGUACGACAAAAUCUGGAGAGCAAUCAUUGACGCAGCAGAGUGCCAGUCCCAAUGGCUUAAAGAAAUCCCAGCAAGAUGGUUAGCCCUAGAACAGGAACUUGUCAAAAAGAAAAUAGCAGGCUAUAAAGUGCUGGAAUUUAAAGAUCUUAAACUAUUGAACAAAACGUUAGCGGUUCCAUUACAAGAUGCAGAAGAAAUCAACACAUUUGUGAGAUACCUGAAAACUACAGGAUAUUUCCUUUGCUUUGGCCUGGAUGAAUGGGAAGAAAGCCUCGAAAGCAAAAAGACGCGAGGAAGGGAAAACAGUUGCUUCAUCAUUCUUGAUCCUCAGUGGAUCAUAUCGGCCUUCAAGUGCAUCAUUACAAGUCCAAAAUAUAAAACAAACCUCUCUAUUAAAGAAAAAGAAGAAUGGCAAGCAUAUGAAGAAUCCGGCGAACUUCCAGUGGGCUUCAUGCAGUCUUUGAUGAAAAAGGAAACUGGACAACAGUUCAUUGAGAAAUUCAAAUUCAUCUGCAUUGUAAUGGAAACCCUCGGUCUCAUUUCAAGUCCACUACUAGACACCAACGAAGAAUUAGAGGAAUAUAUCGUUCCUUGUAUGAUGAAAGAAGCGGUUCCGAGUCGGAUUCAAACCAUCUUGGAUAAGCCAUUCACCAUCAAGACACCUGUCCUUUGUAUCAAGUUUGAUAACGAUUUCAUUCCGCAGGCAAUAUGGGACAAAACUAUUGCGAAAUGUUUGCACAGAUUUAGGCCGAUGACAGAACCUGGAUAUGAACAAUCAGAAUUGAUACAACGAGGAUUUGUAUGUUUGUCAGAAAAUAAUUUGUGGAAGGUUGUCUUGAACUGUCACAAAAAUGCUAUGAAAGUACUUUUGUUUGCAAGAAGUGGAUCUCGCAUUCCAUCAGGAAAAGGUGUGGAAUUUCGAAAAUUCUUAGACUUUUGGCUUCCAAGGGUACUUGAAAUGAACCACCAAGGUCAUUUCCGGUACAACUACUACCUGCACAACGACUACCAGUUUUCAAAAAAUGAAAUAAUGGUAAAAGCAGAAGAUCUUGCAGAGCUAGACCAACUGCCAUGUCAGGGUGGAAACGGAGAAAGCUUCCUAAGUCAAAAAGACUAUGGUAUCUGGUUCGAGGACAACACACAGGUACAAUGCAGUGUUGGAGCAGUCGAUGCACUGUCUGUCCAUGUUCCUGAUAGAAGUCCAUCACCGAAGGAAAUGGCAAGAAUCAGCAAGUUUAUAGGGAAGGAUUAUCAAUCCUUCUUCAUGCAGCUUAAAUGCCCGAUUGCAUCGGUAGAACGCUUCUUUCAUGAUUACCAGGGUUUUUCCUGUCGAGUCCCUAUCACCAAAAUCCUCGUUGAUAUGAUCAACUCCAGGCCAAAUAUCGGAUUCCCACAGAUCGCAUUUGCUAUGAAAGAAGAAGACAUAGAUGUGAAACAGUUACAGACUGUUCUUGACAGUAACCGGAAUUACCAGUAUACAGACAUGGAUUUUCCAGAGACACUUUUACAAAGAGCAUUAUCUGUCAACAACGUGUCCAUUCUCAUAGAUUAUAUAUCGCCAAAGGUAUCCUUUAUCCUCUUUCUGGAGCUGAAUUUGAAGGUUAACACCAUAGAAACGGAAGAGGUCAGCGUUAGAGAUGUAAGGGAACAGAUUACCACUUUAAUAAAGCGCUGGAUCAAAGAUGAAGGCCGUGCUGCAACUGUACACAAACUCCUGCUUGCAAUGAAGGAAUGCGACAUGAACAUUUACGAUCUUGUAAAGUCACUCCAAGAAAACAUUUAAGGUAAAUAUUACAUAUACAAACAGUAAAUAUAAAGACUCAAAACGUAAAUACCAUUUUCAUCAAACCACAUAGUGUCUCGCUUUAUGCACGCAAUUUAAUUCAUCAAAUAAUGUAUGACUUAAAUGUGUUAAAGAGUAAUAUGAUAUUUGUGUGAUCUAAUUUGAAAAUUCACGGAGAGAGAUCAUUUUAAUUGAUGUGUAAUGCUAUAGAUUAUCUCUGGUAUCUUUUAUCUAUCCACAUAUAAGCUUGAUAUUAUGAGUCAUGUCCCAGUUAUCUUUCCCUUGUCAAUGUAAAUGUAUAGUUGCAUAUUAAUACAUAUUGUAUCUAUGUUAUGACAACACUAAUGUAAUUUUUAAGUUGUAAAUUGUCGAUGCCCUUGAAUAUUGAUUUAGGUUUAUAGUUGAAUAAUAAACUGUAAAUAAGUCUUGGUCGCUCCUAAUUUAGGGAUAUGUAUUUUGUAUCUACCCUUUUCAAUGGUGAUUUAAGUUACAGUUGUAGAU